CAUCAUCGUAAUUUGUUUGAUGAAUGAUGCUUGCAUUUCAAUCUCUCCGUAACGUUGGUGCGAGAGCACCCACCGCCGGUGCCGUCACAACCAGUCGUCAUUUUUGGGGAUGGAUCAAUAUGAUGUUCAACCGGGUGGACACCGCUCGACUCAAGGUGGUCGGUCCUGACCGUCUGUGCGCCGAAUGGCUUCUCCGAAAUGGUGCCAGAGCAAAGUUUGUCAACGUUCCCCACCAGCAGAUCAACUACAAUAUGCUUCCGAACGAAAGUGUACCGGUGUUGAUGGAAGAGCUGGACGGAACGGAUUCCGGAAUCAUGCACAUUGGAUUCGACCAUCUAAAGGGACUGACACGGCUAAAGAAGGUGAAGCUGCAUAAUUGUGUAUACCUAGAGGAUGAGGCCUUGGCUAAGCUCGAGUUCGUUGCCGGUACGCUGGAAGAGUUGGAAAUUUCAAACUGCAAGAACAUCACCGACUACGGAUUACUCAAUUUGAGACACUUGAAGAAACUUAAGCAACUCAGCACGCACAAUUUGCCGUAUGUGAAGGACCUACCGAAGGUCGAACAACGGUUGAAAGAGUCAUUGCCGGACUGUAGUAUGGAUCUGAAGCCGUAGAGGUGAACCACGAACGAUGCUGUACUCUUGUCGUAAUGAGCAUAAUUGUCCC